AUCGCCAUUUUCUAUUUUUGCAUAGCUACGAGCUAAUGUUACAUGUGUACAUUUUGUGUGAUAAAUUAAACGAUUCUAUUUGUAAUUAACGUUUUAUUGUGGAGCUCAACGGAAUAAUGUCAUGAAUUUGUGGAAAACGUAUCGGGCACAUUCUAUAAUCGAGUUCACCUUGUUUGCCGUCCGCGUUGCCGCGAGUAAACUCAGUUUGACUUGCACGUAAACAUUUUUCAUCAACUUUCCUCCAAAAGUGAGAGUGGAGUGAAAAAGAAGUCGGAUGUUCUAACCAAACUGCGUCUAAUUGAUAUCGAAUUAUUAUUCCGCUCGCGAUUUCGGGUUCAAGGGAUUUACGAUAAAAAAAACGAAUCUGUGAUAUUAAGCAGUAAUAAGGUAUAUAGAUAGAUUCUAGGUGAUAACUUCAUACAAAUCAAGAUAUACGUGUGUCGUAGUUGUAUCUUAAAAAUAAGUAGGUAUAGAUCUUUAAAAGGAUCUAAAAACGAAAAAGGAAUUCGAAUAUAGAUAACUUUUAAAUAAUCGUCCAAAGAACAAGCAUCUUCGAGAACAAGAUGUCUGUUGAAUCUGUGUCAAGUGACAGGCCGGACCCAAAAGACGAAGGAGAUGAAGCAAUUAUAUCAAUGUCGGUCGCCGGUGAGGUGACUGAUUCCUCGAUUUUGGAAGUUGGUCGUUCAAGACCUCAAUUCCAAUACACUCGGGAGGAACUCAUGAACAUAAAGGAGACAGCUUUGGCUAAACGAAAACCUGAUUGCCUAGAUCCGGCAUACAAUAACAAGCAUGGUGUGUGGGAUCCUGAGCGUUGGCAUUUGGAUAGAAAGCGAAGUGAAACACCACCUGAUGAUGAGCCGGCGAGUCGUAUUGAUUCUGUUGCUGAAAAUCAUGCCAAACGACGAAGUGGAGAUCCUCGCGAGAGAAUUCGCAAAGAGCAGGACGGCAUUGUUUUGAGUCCGCAACGACGAAGUUUCAACUCCGGAUGUUUUGUCAACGUAACGCAACCCCCACCGCGACGACCAGAAAGCCCGAUUGGCAAAUCUGAGGUUUCACAUCGUGAGCCAGUUCGACGAAUUGGCAGUGGUCGCAUAUUAAAUCGCGACAUGUGGGACUUUAGAUCGGAUAAUGACAAACUUGAUUCAGAUCGUUCGGAAUAUAAUUUCCGACCUGGCGGUGGAAAUUCUCUUCGCGAUCGAGACAGUCGAGACUCGGGAAGAGAUAGAGACAUGAUGCGAGAUCGAGACAUUAUUCGUGAUCGAGAUGACAGAAAUGAUCGUUUCGAGCGACGUUCAUUUGGUAGAGAUUUUGGUGAUCGUGAUCGAGAUCGCGACCGCGGAAUGGAGAGAAAUGAGCGCAAUCAGCAAAAUGAUCGUGGUCGCGAUCGAAGAUAUGGAAAUGAUCGUCGAAGAAGCUUCAAUGAUAGUCGCGAUAAUGAAGAGCCUGAGUGGUUUAGCUCGGGUCCAACUUCACAACACGAUACCAUUGAAUUACGUGGCUUCGAAGAUAUACCUGAGGAGAAGAUGAACAAUAAUAAUACUAGCGCGAAAGGAAAGAAACAAUCUCCCGCUCAGAAGAAGCGUGCAAAGAAAGCAGCUGAAAAAGAAGAGAAAAAAGAGGAGAAUCAUUCAGCUGGUCCAAAGGGUCGUAGUACACCAAAUUCAAUGGAACCACAAACAAAUGUUGUUGCCGCGCCACAUUCUCCAAUUCUCGAGCAAAAUGAACAAGAGCCGCCCAUUGUCACGAAAGAGAAGCAAGACGAUAGUAAAUCCACGACAACAACUGAACAAAAUUCUGAGGAGACGGAAAAAUCAAAUAACACAUCCAGUCAGAAUCAAAGUCAAGAGACAAAACAGUCUGAUUUCAAUCUUGAUGAGUUUUUGAAAUCAGACACAUUUCCAGGAGUUUCUGGACUCCUUACCAAUGGAGUUGGCUCCAAUGGUGGAACAGGUUCACGAUUCAGUCAAUGGUUCAAGAGAGAAAGUCCCAUUCAACAGGUGGACAGUCGUAGACAAUCUAUCCAAGAUGAAUUGCUCAACAAUCUAUUGAAUGAUAUUUCUGAACCUAAAAUCAAGAUACCCGCUGUAUCCGAGUCAAAUGCUUAUUUUGCGCCAAUUUCUCCUGCCAAUACAACUAAUAAUGCUGCAACUGGAACGAAACUUCUUGAAAUGUUACAACGCGGUAAUAAAAAUCAACAGAAUGGUCAAGGUGACGCUCAGGCAAAUCCAGUUGUUCAAAUGAUGAAAAAUUCCACAAUCAAAGAUGUCGAACAAAGUGGUAAAGUUUUUCAUAGUUUGGAAGAAUUGGAAGCAAGAAUGCGUGGUGGACUUCCAAAUGAACAACCAAGAGUGAAUAAAAACGAGGAAGAUCUCUCUGCUUUUAAAAAAUUGCUCGCUCAAGUCACAGGUGGUCAGGCUGUUCCUGCUGCGAAUGGACCAAUUCCACAGAAACAACAACAACAACAACAGCAGCAACCAAUCACGCUAAUGCAAUUAUUGAAUACACAAUUGAAGACUCAACAAAAUGAACAAAUUCGACCUCCAACUUAUAAUCAUGUUGGACCUCUUGGGCCAAUUCAACAUCCUCAUCAAAGUCAAUUACAGCAUGAGAAUCUGAUGAAAGUUUUGCAAGUUCAACAGCAACAAAAGCAGAGACAGGAGCAACAGCAAAUGUUCUCAAUGAUGAUGGGAAAUCAGCGUAUGAUGGGCGUGAGUCCAAUUCCACCAGAUGUCCAAAUGAUGAUCAAUUGUGCACCCACUACUCGUGAACUUCUUCAGAGACCAGAAGCUCGGGCUAUCAUUCAUGGACUUCAACAUGGCGAUAUUACAAAACAACAUAUUAUUGAACAGUUGCAGAAUCCUGUAAUGCAACACAGACAUCGAGAGGUUCUUGUGAAUAUACUGAAGGUUUAUGGAGGAACUACUCCCCGCACAGUGAGUCCACAUCCUAAUGUGCCCACUCCACAGGAUCAUAUGCUCCAGCAAAUGUUGUAUCAGCAACAACAGCAACAACAACAACAACAGCAGCAACAGCAACAACAACAAAGAAUUCCUUCGCCAAUGAACAAUGUGAUGCAACAUCGAGUUCCAUCGCCCCGUGAACUAGCAAUGCACACGCAAACAAUAAUACAAAAUGCCUUGAUCAAAAAGAAGCUUGAGGAACAACGUGAAAAUUUUCGCAAACGACAGGAGCAACAACAGCAUCAUCAGCAUCAGCAGCAUAAACAUCAAAAUCAUCCAAAUGCUCCUAGUCCAGUGAAUUCACCGGCAAAACAGACAUUAAGUCCAACGCCACUUGCAUUCACGCCAACUUCGGUAUUACGUAAAAUGACUGCCGAAAAGGAACCCGAGGGUGCGAAUCAAUCAUUUCAACAAGUAGAAAUUAUUAUUGCUUCUGCUUCCGCUAAUCAAGCUUUGCCUAAAUUUAAUUCUUCUGUAGUUAAUCCAACACAAAAUUACACUACACACAAACAUCAAUCACCCAAGGAGAAAAAGUGGAAUGGUUAUGUUAACAAAGGUCAAGGUAAAAAUAAUAAUAAUAAUCACAGAAACGUUGGUUCCGCUAAUAAUAAUAAUAAUAACAAUAAUAAAAUAAGUCCCAAGAAAAAAGUACCGAAUUCAAAAAAUACUGAUGAUAAUGAUGAAAAUAAUAAUAAUGAAUCGCAAAAAGUAACAAUAAAUUGUCCUGAGGGUACAAAUUGUGAAUCGGUUUCUAAUACUAAAAUUUUGGAUUUUGAUCCAAAAGUUUCGAAUAUUAAUUCAGAUCAAAUUUCUAAUGACGAUUCCAAAAAAGAUACAAUCACUGAUCCAUGUGAUAAAAUUGUGAAUUGUAAUAAAAUAAUGUUGGAUUCUGAUCCAAGCAUUUCAACUUCGGUUUCAAAAGUUUCAAAUUUUGAUUCAAAUAUUCAAGAUAAAGAAUCCGAUUCAAUUUCAGAAAAAUCAAUUAUCGUUUCAAAUAAAAUUGAUUCUGAUCCAAUUCCCUCAGUUUCUUCAAUUCACAUUGAAAACGAUAAAUCCAAGAUUUGUGAGGGAGAAGAUUCAAAUUUAGAAAAAUGCUCUUCACUUGAUUCUCUGGAUUUUAUCAACGAAAACAAAAAAAAAUGUACAGGUAACAACGAUCCAACAAAAAUGGUUCCUCCCAAUUCAGCAGUACGACGUGACGAUCUUUCAGUUAUUGCUGAUUUUGCUCAUCAAGUUGCUCUCGCUGCUGGAGAAACUCGCGUACCACCAACUCGAUCACAACAACCAAUUCACCCCAAUUGGCAGAAUCCUGCUGUCAAACAGCAUCCUGGACGACCAAUUGUAAAAGGAAUGAAUGAAUAUCCGUAUAGUGCAAUGUUGGAAAUGCAACAACAGCAACAGCAGCAAAAACAACAACAACAACAGCAGCAACAACAACAACAAAGAGCAGUUUCUGGGAUGUUCGCUAAUCCCCAUCGUUCAAAGCACACAAUGACAGCUCCAGCUUCUCAUCAAAAUGUUUCUCAAUUUAAUGUUGCACCCAAUUCCGUUAUGGGACAGAGAACCAAUCAAAUGACUAGUCAAAUGAAGCAAGUUCAUCUUGCGAAUUUACAACAGCAACAACAACAACAACAGCAGCAGCAGCAACAGCGAUCUGUUAAUCCACAAAUUCAGCUUGCCUUGAACCAAAAUUAUAAUUCGUCUCGUAAUGACGGACGAGUAAUACGACCACAACAAUUAAAUAUUGGUGUUGGACGACAAACAUCACCGGGACUUGGAUUUAUGAGUGGAACUGGAGGUGAACUUUCUCCAACGUCAAAUCAAUUGGCUCGAUGGUUUAGCCCGGAACUUCUCGCUCAAGCACGUGCCGGUAAAUUGCCAGAGUUGGGUCAAACUAAUUCUAUUCUAUCGGUAGAAGAACUCGAGAGAUUACAACAUGCAUCGACGACAGUUCACAACUAAAUCGACGUGAGACUUUUUAUCCUGUUCCUAAUAUAUACAUCUAUUUAUAUAUUAGGAUUAUUACGAGUGGAAAAAAAAUCUCCUAUUUGGAUCUCAAAGAUACUUUUCAAAAAGUAUUACAAGCGAUUUAUAACAAAAUUGAAGACAGUUUUUUUUUUCUUUUAAUGAAUUUAAUUUAUUAUUAUUAUUAUUAUUAUUCAAGUUCCUGUCGAUUCGAGAAAAAAUCUAUGUUGCUCAAAUGAAAAAAAAAUCGAAAUAGACAUUUUCUCGAAAAUUGACUUUUUUUGUUUUGAGUUAUUGAAACCAUUUAAAUAUUCUUCUACAUCAAAAAUCGUUUGUAAUUUUUCAUUUUGAAUUGUCUCAAUUUGAUUUCAUUGUGAUUGUCAUAUAUUAAUAUAUGAACAAGUUAUUUUAAAGACUAAAUUCUCAUUUUGAGACGGAAACAUUUAAAAGAAAGAGAGACUUUUAAAGAAAAGAAAAACGAAUUCUCAAUGAUCGGAAAUAUUUAAUGUUAGGCAAAGAAUUUCCAAUCAAGACUGUGCAAAACUGUUUCUGCAAUCCCAUUAAUGAACGCGUUCUCUCGAAUUCAUUUUUUCUUUUUUUAAAAAAAAACGUAAAAAAGAAACUGUUUGUCCGUUCUACAACUAUUCUCAAUGCAAAAAUGAGAACAUCUCUAAAUCGCUUCACACGGCUGUCAAAUUAUUUAUUUAUUACUUUUUUUUUUAAGGGGCAAUGAAGGGAAAUUAAAAUGACGUGCGUGAAAACUUUGAUCUUCGAGACUGAUGUAUUAUUGUAAGAUUUGAUAAAACUUAAUCACCGUCUCCCCCAAAAAAAAAAAAUCAUGAAUACUUUCUUUUUUUUUUUGUCUAGUAUUAUACUUUAAUUAGUUAAUUAACAAAUGAAAUGAAAAAAAUACCUAAAAAAAAAUUUUAAUGUAAGAAAAUUUAAUUGAAAAAUUAAGUUUAAAAAAUGUAAAAAAAAAAGUUAAUUUAAAUAGUAUUUUCAAACUAUGGGAGUUGUAAUAUAUCGAAUUAUAAUUAGAGAUAAUUAAACGCGGUCUUUUUUUUGCGUUUGGUGCUUUGCUCGUAAAAAACAAAAACUCCCAUAAAGACUGUUUGAUCGCGCUAUUUUCGGUGCGAAAUUUAAUAUUAAGAGAUCUCUUUUUAAAAAACAUUAAUAAUAAACAUUAUUAUUUAGAAGAAAAUCCUGGCUCUUAAAGUGUAUGUCUGUUAUUCUCAACGUAUAUUAAAUAUAUAAAUAAAUAAUAUAUUAUCUUAUUGAUAACGAGAAUACAGUGUGCUACCAAGAAGAUUAAUACUUCAUUAUAUUAGAUUCAAAGUAUCUUUGAAAAAAAAAAAAAAAUUAAAGAAAAGAAAAGUUGGGACAUAAAAAAUCAUCAUGAAAAAUGAAUUUACAUUCCACAAAUAAAAGCUGUCAAUUUUUUUAUACUCGCAAGAUUUUGACAAUUUGAAAAUAAUUCUCAUUUACGAUGAUUUUUGAUAUUAAUUGAAUCAAAUUUGAUUCUCAAUAAUGCGAAAUUUAAAUGGCAAAAUUUUCUGUUUGUAGCAAACAAUACUUUUUUGAAUCUCAAUUAAUUGUGGCUGUAAUUAGAUUUUUUUUAAUAAAAAAAAAAGUUUUGUAAAUAUUAAGGCAAUUUUAAUUUUUAGUGAGAGAUUGAUACGACGUACAAUUAUUUUUUUUUUCAAGUUAUAAAAAUUUAUAUGGGUGGAGGUUUUUUUUUUUUUUUUGAAAUUUUCUCGAAGCAAGGAAAUCACGUGUACGUCUAUAUUUAUUCGAUAAAACUUGAUUGUUUAGAAUAAACAUAAUUAGAAGAAAUAAUUGUACUAAGAAGGAAAGAUGAGAAAAUGAUUUUUAAUCGAUUCUUGAGAAUUCUACACUCGUUCGAUAUCGUAAAAAAACCGAAGAAAAUAUCCGAUUGUUUCUCAAAGAAAAAAAAAAGAUUUUAGGUCAAAAGAAAAAUUUUUUAUAAAAAACAAAAUGCACUGAUUUUAUUAAUUUUGUUUAAAAAAAAAAUUUGAUAAGUUUUGCGAAUGUAAAAGAAAUAAGGUUUCGAAUUUAGUUUCGUUAUAAAUUUGCGUUUAUGACUUAAGAAUAAUUUUUAAAAAAAUUUCCAAAUAAUUUUAUGUUCUUUAUAGUAUCAUUUUAAAAUUUUUACUUGUGCUUUGUUGUAUAUCUUUUGUCUUUUUCUCAACCUGUGAAGCGAAAUUCGCAGCUACAACUCAUUAAAGGACAUGUAUAUUGACAAAGUACUCGCAAAUAAAAAAAAGAAAAAAAAAUACAUAUAAUAUUAAUAGUAAAACGAAACUGUUAGUCUUAAAGACUUUUAGCGAAGCAUCUUUUAAAUCAAGUUGCAUUUAAAAAUAAGUGUCAGUUUCGUAUAAGACAUAGUGAUUGUAGAACGACGUUCAAAGGACAAACGGCUGUAUAAAGAAAAAAGAAAAAAAAAAAAAAAAAAAAAAAAAACGCAAGUACCUACUCAUUUUUUUUUUUGUCGGCUUAAGAAUAUAAUUGGGAACCUUUUUGUGUCCUAUUUAACUCGAGAGAAUUGCUAUAGUCAUUAAUUAGGCGACUAUAGAAAUGCGCCUCUUUCGUUUUUGCUAAUCAGAGGCGAUUCUAUAAUCUUACAAACUUUUGUAAAUAAUUCGAAACCCUCAAAAAGAAAAAACAAAAAAAAAAAAAACUUUAUUAGUCAUGUAAGUACCGAAAUCCAAUGUUUUGUAAAUAAAGUUAUUAAACAUA